AUGAUAACAGAUGAAAAUUUAAGUUUGGAAUCUUGCAAAAAAUUAAAAGAGCUGGAAGAAAAAAUAAAUGAAAAAAAAGUAAAAAAUAAAGUAAAAGCAGAAGAAAAUGAUGUAAAAAAUUUUAUGAAGCUAAAAGCGUUGGAACAUUCACUACCUCAAAAGCUCAAGAAAAAAAUGAAAUCCAUGAAAAUUAACAAUUUGAAUGAUCUCAAAAAAUUAACUGUCACUAAAAAAAAGUUUUUUGUAAAAAUAUUAGACCAAAAGGAUUUAAAGAAAAAAAAGAAAAAGAAACAACAACCACAAAUCUGA